AUUCCGUACAGCUACAACUAUGAAAUGGUUCGCGAUUUUUUAUAUAUUUUUUCAAAUUUUUACGUUGCUCUCCGUCCAAGCGAAGAGGAGACCUUCGAAAGGAACGCUGGACGGUUAUGAUGAAAAAUAUGACAAAAUCUUUCAAAAAGACCAAUUCAAGGAAACUCCUUUUGACGAACACGAAACUACUUUCAUGGACCAUCAACCCAAUGUCGAUACGAAUGAAGAUACAAACACCUCUGCUUCGGAUAUCAUUUACGCCGUCAAUUCUCACACAAUCAACCCUGAUACACAUAAGUCGGAGCUGAACUCAACAUUUGAGUCUGAUAUUUUGUUGGAUCCAUCGAGGUUAAAAGAAGUGGCUGAAUGGACAGUAGGAAAUGGCGUCUACAAACGGGCUGCAAAAUCCAACAAUAAUAGGCAAUACAGAUGGCCAAAUAAAAUCUUAAGAUAUAAAUUUGAAAGAAAUUCAAAAGAUCGCUAUCUCCACUCAACUACGUUUUUUUACCAAGCAAAAGCUGAAAUUGAGUCAAAAACAUGUAUUAAAUUGAGAGAAGCAAUGGGCAGUCAGUAUCAUAUUCGACUUAUGAGUGGAACUGGGUGCUAUUCUUACGUCGGUUAUCUACGUGGCAUAAAUAAAAUGUUCAACAAGAAGCAGGAUGUUUCCAUUGGAAGGGGCUGUAACACCAAGGCAACUAUCGUCCACGAGUUGCUUCACGCUUUGGGUUUUUGGCAUGAGCAAAGUCGACCAGAUCGCGACAAAUAUGUAAAAAUAGUAUGGGAUAACAUUCCACGAGGUCAAUCAAACGGAAAUUUCCUGAAGCAUAGCGAGAGAGACAUCAAAGAUUUAGGAGUUCCAUAUGACUACGAUAGUGUUAUGCAUUACGGUGAUAAGGCGUUCGCCAUAAACCGAGCUAAACCAACUAUCGUGCGCUUGAAUGGCACAGGUCGUUUUGGGCAACCCAGAAAUGGAGGAUUAUCUCAAAAAGACGCUCAAGAGCUGAACCGUUAUUAUGAAUGUAAUCGCACAGGGACUACAAGACGUCCUGAGACCACAAAAUCUCCCAUCAAGACUUCAAUAAAUACAAGACGCCCUCAAACGCUUCGUCCGACCACAACAAGAUCUCCUACUGAGUUUUCAAGAGCGCUCUUUUUGAUCAAAAGUGUCGGAUGUUUGGAUUACGGUAAUAGAAAGGGAUGCACGUCAAGGCGUUCAGAGACUACUAUCAAGCUUGGAAGGACUCCGCUCAUUUCGACCAACUACCUGGGAGCAAACGCCGUUGUAGUUGAUGGGAAAACAGGUCGCGUUGCUGGAACUUUGACCGAGAAGCGUUCUUGGAACUUUGGGUAUUCACUAUGGCGUUUAAAACCGAACAAACUGGUGUUCUUGACGGUGAACGGACGAUGGUUGAAAGUCAACAAUUGGCUCAAAUAUGGACUUGGAAAAAUUGGCGCGUCAACACGCCGUAGUAUAUUUUACAAUAACUCCGCAUUUGCUAUGAUUGGAUGGACCGGACCUGGAAGAAUCAAUAUUGUUCAACAGGUCUCCACAUAUCGACGCAAAGGACCCAGUGUCAUAUCGAAGCGAAUUUUCUUCCCUGUUCUUCUGUAAUCGUCUUCUGGAAGAUUUGCUCAACUAGUUAUUCUCAGCACUUGAAAACAUCUUGUAGGUAAUGUCUUCACUGCUCAAGUACUUAUUUUAUAUCAGGAAUUGUUGUUCUGUAUUUUAGCAUGAUCCGAUACGACGAAUUUUUGUAAACUAGACUAAGUGUUUAUAAAUCUUACUACUUGAUUUGUAACCAUGUUUGGUGAAUGGAUUCAAUUGUUAGAAGUUGAUCGUUUUUCGGUAAAGUUUUGAUGAAACAAUUUUUUACUAAAACGUAUGGAAAAAUCAAGUCGGUAAUUUUGUUAUGGUAAAA